GUGGUGCUGCUAUGGAAAGAUGUGAUCAGCAGUCCCAAGAAGGCUUUUCCUGAUUACCAGUUUCGGUAAUGCUGUGAUAAAAAAAAACGUGCAUUUUGAAAGACAGACUGCUCUGUGGUGUGGAUGAAUUGUCAGUGCACCGUUCCUCGGCAAGGAUUUGGACUAAGAUGUCGGCGGUUGUGUAGACAACACAGGAUAUUCCCCCGGCGGUUUUUAGCUAGAGAUCUGCAGAAUGUCUAGACGGCGUGUUGCAGAAAGAGGGGCAGGGGAAUCAUCCGGCAGGGCAAGCAAGCUCCUUUGUCCUGGGAUAUCUGGCAACAAUGCAAAGAGAGCUGGACCCUUUGUCUUGGGGCCGCGACUGGGAAACUCUCCUGUGCAGAGCAUAGUGCAGUGUCUGGCCAGGAGAGAUGGAACAGAUGAUUUCUACCAGCUAAAGAUUUUGACCCUAGAGGAACGUGCGGACUCGUCUGGAGAGACACAGGAAGAAAGGCAAGGCAAGAUGCUCCUGCACACGGAAUACUCGCUGCUGUCUCUCCUUCACAAUCAGGAUGGAGUGGUGCAUCACCAUGGCCUCUUUCAGGACCGUUCCUGUGAGAUUGUGGAGGACAUGGAGGCCAGUAGAGCACGCAGAAUGAAGAAGCGGAUCUGUCUGGUGCUGGACUGCUUAUGUGCACAUGACUUCAGUGACAAAACAGUGGACCUCAUCAAUCUGCAACACUAUGUCAUCAAGGAGAAAAGACUCAGUGAACGUGAGGCCAUUGUCAUCUUCUGUGACGUAGUGCGAGUGGUUGAGGCUCUGCAUAAGAAGAACAUUGUGCACCGAGACUUGAAGCUUGGAAAUAUGGUGCUUAACAAAAGAACUCACCGGAUCACAAUCACCAACUUCUGUCUGGGCAAGCAUUUGGUGAGUGAAGAGGAUCUACUGAAGGACCAGAGAGGCAGCCCAGCCUACAUUAGCCCAGAUGUCCUAAGUGGUCGUCCAUACCGUGGGAAGCCUAGUGAUAUGUGGGCUCUCGGUGUGGUGCUGUUCACCAUGCUCUAUGGCCAGUUCCCCUUUUAUGACAGCAUACCUCAAGAGCUCUUUCGUAAGAUCAAGGCUGCUGAGUACUCCAUCCCAGAGGAUGGACGUGUGUCAGAAAGCACAGUGUGUUUGAUUCGUAAGCUGUUGGUGCUGGAUCCCCAGCAGAGGCUGACUGCAGCAGAGGUGCUUGAGGCUCUAAGUGACAUUAUUGCCUCCUGGCAUUCUGUAUCCUCAAUGAGUGGCCCUCUGCAGGUAGUACCUGACAUCGAUGACCAGCUCAACCAACCUGAGCAUUUGCAGGAGGUAAAGGUAACGGAAGAGUCGUCACAGUACGAGUUUGAGAACUACAUGCGCCAGCAGCUGUUGCUAGCUGAGGAGAAGAACACUAUCCAUGAGGCCAAGAGCUUCCUGACGAAGAGGCAGUUCAGCAGUGUGCCACCAGUGAGGCGCCUGGGUCACGAUGCUCAGCCUGUCAGUCCUCUAGAUGCAGCCAUUCUGGCCCAACGCUUCCUCAGGAAGUAGAGGAUCACUGUGCACAGGCCAUGCCAAGCAGCCGGAUUCACAUGUGCGUGUGAUUUGCUUUAAAGAGCCUAUGGGUGAGGAGAUGCCGCAUGUUGAACAAUUAUCCCUCAUCUACUCCUGUUGUUUGGUUAAAGAAGGUGACUCUGGUUUAAACAACAAAGACUUUUGGGUUCCGAGCCCCUACCACCCCCCCCAACACUCUGCCAUACAGACGUUAGCAGCAAUACCGGAACUAAAUCAUGUAGCAAAUGGGUGUGCACACAUGCCCGCCUAACACACACCUCUCAUUCUCCUUUUCUACUCUCAGCACUUUCCAAGGGGAUCAGCUCAGAUCACCUGACCUCAGUUAUCAUCCCUACAUGUGUUUCCCAGUCUUUCAGUCAAACACACCCAUCCAUACUGAGCUCCAUCUGCAUCCACAAUUGCAAAUCUACCUCUUAACGUCUGUUUCUGUCUCUCAGUCCGUUUAGAACUGUGCUCUUCGUAGUUUUGAAAAGAUAUCUUAAUGUGGGGAUAUGACCACAAGCACAGGUGAAGAGCAUUAUUAUUAUUAUUAUUAUUAUUAUUAUUACAGACUUCUGGCAUGUCAAAACCAGCGAUUAUUAAUUUUUUUUCCCCCCUCCCAUAAUCUGAAUAAGCUUUGCUCCCCUCUCCUCUUAGAACGGUAGCAUUUUAAAUACGUUUUUUUUUUUAUUAUUAUUAUUAUUCCCUGCCCUUUUAUAGUUUAUUGUUGUUUUCCUCACUUUAAAAAUUAUACUAUAACACAAGGAUUCUGUAGGCCUGCCUUGCUUGAUUGGGCAUUCACAGGCAGCUGUACAUUUAUAAAAUCUAGAUGCCAAAAAUAGUUCCAAAAUCUGCUGCUUUGCAAUCUGCUGUCCUGUGAGGUACGAUAUCCCUAUAUCAACUAAAGAUGCAGGCCACUGCAGUUGUCCCAAAGCUUUUCUUUUCUUUUUUUUUCCCCAGCUCUGUCCAAAGAAGGAGUUGUCUUAAUAUGUGUGAUUUUCCUAGUUUUAAAAUAACAUGCCUUCUGGGUUCAUUUUACUUAUUACUUGAGCUCCCAGAGCAACCAGAGAUGAUGACACAAAGCUGUCAGAAGCAGGAUGGCUCAGCUGCAAUCAUGUGGAAGUUUAAGCUCCAUUAAGCCCCGGAAGUGCAGGCUUUAAUCUCUUCACCACCCCUGCAGUUACCACAGCCAACAUCUUGAGCUGCCCUUUUGAAAACAAGCCAGCACUCCUUUUCCACCACACCAUAUUAAGCAGAAACCUUGGCUGCCCUUCUGGUCAUUGUCAUGGGGAAUGACCACUAAACCUAGGAAUCUAGGCUUUACACAAUAUAGCCUAAGCCCCAUCUUCCAUUUUUAGUGCCAUUGUCUUUAUUCAUCAUGUAAAUAAAGAUUUUGAGCUCCUUUCUCUUGAUACAUUGAUCACUUUUUGUUUUCCUUAUCAUUUUUGACAAAGUUAAAGGAUAUAAACAUUUACAAUCUUCUCAGACUGUUUACCAAUCCAAUCUAAGCUACUUGUAAAAAUCAUUGCCACAGAAUAUCUUGCCUUAGAUUCAGAUUUCCACAGUGAGUGAUGAUUUUGUACCUUUUGGUGGUCUAGUAUAUUUUAGUAAACAGGUGGUUGUCUUGCAUCAGCCUUUGAACCUGUGACUUGAGCUUGUGAAGGCCUGCCUGGUUCACUAAUAUUAGGGGGAAAUAUAAUACAGUACUGUAGGCCUCUGAGCUUCUCAAUGGUAGUUUGUCUCUUUUGUUUUGUGCUCAGUUUUUAAAGUGCAAAAGCAAUUUUGAAAGCAUGAAUGAAACUGUUUUAGCUUUGCUUGGUUAAAAAAAAAAUUAUGGGUGUUCAAUUUAAUUUAUUCAAUGUGUACAAAACAGUCUUGCUUCCAUAUGUUUUGGACACUGCCUCUAUUCUUGUAAGGUGUGAAGUAUCAUGACAUCACAUAAUCCUGUUCUAAAAGUAUUGCUGUGAGAAUCUUUUUUUUUUUUUUUUUUUUGGCCCAUUAAUCCCGAUUGAAGUUCCCCCCCCCCCCCCCUUCUUUUCUUCUUUUGCCACAAUCCUGAUUUAUUAAGCUACAUUAAUUACAAGACUGACUUCGCAUAGCUGUAUUUUUUUAGACAAAUGAAAUUGAAGCACAUGUGACAUUAAGGAAUUAUGUAGAGUUUAUCCUGCAAGUUUAAUACAACACACUCCAGUUGCCAGUGUGCAGAUACCAUCCUGAUGUAGCUAUACAAGUUUGCUGCCAUCAAGCAGCAUUACGCCGAGGCAUUGACAUGAGUAUUUCAGUAAUGUUGCCUGCCGCUAUUGAAAGCAUUAGUGCGCUCCCACGUUAAUGUGAAAUUUUUUUUUUUUUUUUUUUUUUUUUUUUUAGAUAUUGCAGUAUUGUAGAUUACUUGUUCUGUUUGUGGGCAUUACGUUUUUGGGCCCUACUAAAAUUUAAAGGCUACUUGCAUCCAUAAUUCUCUGAAGAAAGGUAGUGUAAUGAUCCCCAGCUCUAAUUUUACCACUUAUCUGCAGCUUCACUAUGUGACUCGGUGGAGUGGUUAUCUAGUCAUUACUUUAACCUGAUAGGCCAUAAUUAUUAAAUGCCCCAUGUAAGUGUUGUAACAGAACCAUUCCUGCUUGCUCCCUUGUAGCGCUCUUGGCAUUACAAGGCCAAGCUGUGUAUUUGCAGCAUGACAUUUAUGGUUGUUGAGCUAUAUUGUUUUAUACAUUAAAUAAUGCAUGACGUGAACUUUGCAGGAUGUGCCACAUAAUCUCUGCAUUUAAGUUGCCAGAAAAUUUGGGUGUGGCUAUAGGUUUGUUUAAAAGUAAAUUGCAUUUGUAAUCUAGUUAAAAAUACACUAAAAAAUAAAUUAAUUAAAAACGGAGGAUGAUUCAUCUCAGCGGCGCUAAAUUGGGAGAAUUUAUUUUAAAGUCAGUCAUUUUGUUUUAGAGUAUGAUCUUUUUUUUUUGUUUGUUUCUGUCCUGUCAUAUUAAAAAACAUGUUUGCAAACUGGAAAUGGUGUAAAAUUGGAUAAUUAGUUAAAAGCCUAAAUGUUCGGUGUUGUAAGCUGCUUGUUCGGAUGGAUAUCAGAGAAGAAACUGGGUAAUUGUACAGAGAUAACAAAUUUGUAUAAAUGACAUAUUUUUGUACUUCAUAAAAUCUCUACAUGCAUGUCAGCAAUAAAUUUGAUAUGGAACAUGUUGACUUA